GUUCGCGUUUGUUGUUCGUGGUGUUCGGUGUUCGACGUUCGUGUGACUCCGACUAACGUUAUGUAGAGAGCGGUGGUUACCGGUGCCGCCAAGCGGCCGCCAUUGCAUUGCAUGGUUUAUUUUGGGCCAAAUUCUUGUGAUAAUUCGGUUUUGGUCUGAUAUUGCGGAGGUCUUGUGCAUAAUUGUUUUACAAAUUCAAUUCUUUUACGCCGUUAGUAUGUUUUUAAACGUAUCGAUAUCUUCUUCGCGUUUUGCUGUCAUUUCAUCGAACAGCAAUCCUGCUUGGAAAAGAUGCAUCAGCAUCGAUGUCUCAAGAUGGCGACGUCAUUCGAAGAAAGAAAGUAUUGCCGAAGUCAAACAAUCGAAUGUCAAAUGGCGUUUCCUUCAACACAAAGGACCAUUAUUCGCGCCAUCCUACGAACGAUUGCCUAGCUCAGUGAAACUGUAUUAUAAUGGUGAACCGGUAGAACUCUCUAAGGAUACCGAAGAAAUCGCCACCUUCUACGCUCCUCUCAUCGAUCACGAUUACACUACGAAAGAGCAAUUCAACAAGAACUUUAUGACAGAUUGGCGAGAAACCAUGACCCAAGAAGAACGCCAGAUGAUAACCGAUCUGAACAAAUGCGAUUUCCACCAAAUCUACGAGUAUUUCAAGAACAAAGCCGAGCAACGCAAAGCGAUGAGCAAAGAAGAGAAACAGAAACUCGAGGAACAAAAAGAAGCGUUGGCGGAAGAAUACGGUCAUUGUAUUAUCGACGGAAAUCGUGAGAAAAUCGCCAACUUCAAGAUCGAACCACCUGGUUUAUUUCGUGGCCGAGGAGAUCAUCCGAAAAUGGGAAAAGUUAAGAAACGUAUUCAUCCAGAAGACGUUAUUAUCAAUUGUAGCGCCGAUUCCGAUAUUCCCAAGCCGCCGGAAGGUCAUAAUUGGAAAGAAAUCAAACACGAUAACACCGUUACUUGGCUGGCUAGUUGGGUGGAAAAUGUGCAAGAUAAAUUUAAAUACAUCAUGUUGAACCAGUCGUCUAAAUUAAGAAGUGAAAGAGAUAGGCAGAAGUAUGAACUAGCUCGUAAACUAGCCAAAUACAUCGAGAAGAUAAGACGUGAUUACCGGCGAGAUUGGAAGUCCAGAGAUAUGAGAAUUAGGCAGCGAGGAGUAGCUAUGUAUUUCAUCGAUAAACUGGCGUUGAGAGCUGGUAACGAAAAAGACGAUGAUGAAGUCGAUACUGUUGGUUGUUGCUCAUUACGUGUAGAACAUAUUCGAUUGCUCGAUGAACUCGAAGAUAACGAGAACGUAGUAGUGUUCGAUUUCAGAGGUAAAGAUUCAAUUCGCUACUUCAACGAAGUUCCAGUUGAUGAGAAAGUCUUCAAGAAUUUGAAAUCAUUCUGCGUAAACAAGAAGGAAGGAGACGAAUUGUUCGACAAGCUAAAUACUAGUAUGUUGAAUAAACAUCUCAACGAAUUAGCCGAAGGACUAACUACCAAAGUAUUUCGAACUUACAACGCCUCGAUUACGUUACAGAAUCAAUUGUGCGAACUCACCGAUCCGAAUGGAAGCGUUGCCGAAAAACUGUUGCAAUACAAUCGAGCCAAUCGAGCUGUGGCUGUCUUGUGUAAUCAUCAACGUUCUAUACCGAAAACUCACGAAAAAUCAAUGGAUAACUUGAAACAGAAAAUCGAGGCUAAACAGCAACAGGUGGCCGAAGCGCAGAAAGCGUAUAAAGUGGCGAAACGCAACGCUGAAGAUGGAACGAUUCGUAGUGAAAAAGCUGUGGAAAGGAAAAAAAAGACGUUGGAUAGAUUGAAAGAGCAGCUCAUUAAGUUAGAAAUGAAAGGAAUCGAUAAAGAAGAAAAUAAAACCAUCGCGUUGGGAACAUCAAAAUUGAAUUAUCUCGAUCCGAGGAUAUCCGUUGCGUGGUGUAAAAAGUACGACGUUCCUGUGGAUAAAGUAUUUAAUAAUACUCAAUUAUCGAAGUUCAAAUGGGCCAUAGAAGAGGCUUCAACGGAUUUCAAGUUUUAGUUGCGGUACCGGUAGGAUUGAUUUUUAACGAUAUUUUUACGUCGCGUUUUUUCUCUGCUGCGAUCAUUUUUAAUAUUUGUCCCAUGUUCAUUGUUCAUGUUACCCUUACUGCCAUUCCCUUGUAAUUAAAAGGGAAAGAAAGACUCUUUACGACGAAAUAAUCAAGCUAUAAGUGAUCGAAAGAUAACAUUGGGUAUAAUUUCCGGAUACGUGUUUUUGAGAAAAUCUUUUUUAUAGUUGCAUCGUGCAUGCUCAACAUUUUUAGUCCGGAUUUUUCGUAUAUAUUGUAAUCUUGAAGAUUCAGCUACACCAAAGACCAUUGCUUAUCAAUUUUUUUUUCGUCGUCUUGCAGCAAAUUCGAAACCUUGUUGUAGAUAUAAAUAUAAGUUUCAAAUACAAGUAUAUAUAAAUGUUAACAA